CCUGCUGUGUUGCUCUACAGUUGGGACCCACAUUUCAUUUUCAUCAGCGGCUUGGGGAUAAAGGAGACAUCAUGAAGUUGCUUUUGCUUCUGGGCUUGGUGGCACUCUCCCAGUGCUUGGUGACCAAGUAAGUACCGGGGUUUCAGCUUUCUUGAAGGAAAGGAGGUACACUCUGAUUCAGAAACAUCCAGCCUUAUGUUUAAACCAGGGAUGGUGAAGCUAUAGCCCUCCAGAUUUUAUUAGAUACAACUCUCAUCAGUCUUCACUAUUGGCCAAGCUAACUGGGACUGAUGGGUGCUGGAAUCCAACAACAUCUGGAGGGCCACAUAUCCUAACCAGGCUCUAAACUUGGUUCAACAAGCUCUUUCAGCAAACUCUCUGUCUCUGAUAUCAAGCAAGCCAUAAACCCUUUGCUGUGUCCCAGUUCUACCCCCCAAAACUAAAGAAAGCAUUAAAAAAUUUAUCUAUUCAGCCAGCUAGCCAUCUACAAAAACCCUGUACAUUCCUAGGGUAGGAGGUGCCAUCUUUCUAUAGAAAACUUGGUGAAGCCAUUCUUGACUAGGAUCUCCAAGGCCCACUACAUUGCAAAUACUGAAAGUCCUAAAACAAACUUUGCUUUGCAAGCUUCAAGAACUAGAAUAUAUAUUUUCUCCUAUCACCUUGCAAUCUUUCUUUCUUUUCCCCCUUCUCACUCUUUGCUGUUUAGGGUCCCUCUGAGGAAAGGGAAAUCCCUGAGGCAAAACCUUAAAGAACAUGGGCUGCUGGAAAAAUACCUGGAGAAACAUCCUCACAACUUGGGCUCAAAGUAUUUCCCCAGCCAAGGCAACGCAAAUGCCGCUGAGCCCUUGGAGAAUUACAUGGAUGUAAGUAUUCUUUAUUCAUAGGUUAUAACUGAAACAAUACAUUACUGAAUUUUGGUAAAGAGAAGGAACUGACCAGGGUUAUUAUGUGCUUGCAAAAUUGGUUCACUCAGUAUAAAAUUAAAAUCUGAAAAGGAGAAGAUCAGGAGUGGGACCUACAUCUGGGUAACCAGUCAACCCAAUCUAUCCCUUCCAAAAAUUCCCACACCAAAUCUCCAUUGCUAAGCAUCCUUGGUUUGUUCUUCAGCCAUUUCUGUUCUUCACUGAGGCACUCCUAUCCUGGCACUUAGUGUUCCACUGCCAGAGACUACCCUUAGGACUUCUCCAGAUGACCUUUUUAUUAGCAUUCAUAUUGAUUUGCGUCUACAAAGCUUAUGUGGUAGUUAGACUAUGCCUGGACUUUAUUGAGCAUUUGCUCUGUUUAUUUAUGGGGCAGUUAUACCACAAUGAACAUUCAUCCUGAUCUGCUUGCAAGGUGUUUACAUGUCUUUCUGUUAAUAAUUUGUUCAUCCCAUACUUUCCCCAUCAUUUUUCUAAUGGCCAAAAGUCAGGUUUUUAAAAAAGCAGAUUUGUUGCUCUAGGUCAAUGGAGCACUUUAAUCCACUUCAAUUUUGCAGACCUAAAGCACCCUUAGAUCUGAGGUAUAAUGUAUUUAGAACAGACAUCAUUUUAGCAAAGGUUUCCAUGCAAACCCCUUCCUGAAUGCAGAAGUGGUUUGCAUGGACUCCUGCCAAACUGAGCAGGAUUUAACUGCACACACCCUGUUCCCAACAGGGAACAUGUAUGCACAGCCAACAUGGAAUUUAACCCUGCCCUCAUGCCUAUCAGAUGAUGUCACAAGUGAUGUCAGCUGAUGGGCAGGUGGCUGUGGUUUGGAGAAAGUGGUCUUGAGGGCCAGCUUGGACUCCUGGUGGACCAGGAUUGGCCCACAGGCCAGUUGUUCUUUACCCUUGUCAUAUGAGCUUCCAAUGAACCAAUCAGAAUGGAUGCUCAAUAAACGGGUCACCAGGAAGAACUUCUGUCUCCAGGUGAAUCUUCUGUGGUGCAAUAGUAAUGAUAACACCCCGUUUUCUUCCCCCCACAGAUUGAGUACAUUGGCACCAUCUACAUCGGUACUCCACCACAGCAGUUCACAGUCCUCUUUGACACCGGCUCCUCCAACUUGUGGGUCCCUUCUGUGUACUGCUCCAGCUCAGCCUGCUGUAAGUAGCCUUUAGAAUUGGGAAUGGACUGGGUAAUCCUUUCAGCCCAUGCCUAGCAAUCACUUCCUCAAUGUAUAUUCAUAGUGGUCAUGCAAAAUGCAGCCCUAAUAUUAGGCUUAAGUGGACAGUUGCCUAGACUAGCCCAUGGCAGGUGGCAAUAAAGGGAAUCAAGGUGGAACAACAACACAAGGUCUAUCUUCACAUAUGGCAGGGGUAAGGAACCGUUCUCAGCCCGAGGGCCACAAUCUCUCAUGGGCAACUUUUCAGGGGCCUCAUGUCAGCAGUGUGGGGGGCCAGAGGUAAAAGGGGAGAGACAACUGCUAAAGGAGACUACAUUGCGAGCCCAGUCGCAGUCCCCCUCCCCAGAAAUCAGGCCCCGCAAAUAAGAAGAUACAUACACAGCAUGUUAUGGGAUUAAAUUAGGCCACAACUUUAUUAAAAUUCAGAUGUAGGAGAACCUUGGCAUAGGUAUUGGGUAUGUAUUCCUUUCUGACCCCGGCUGGGAACUAAGGAAGAGCAAGGGUUGGUAGGAGUUCAGGGGGACACCACAGAACAUAAGUUUAUGCGGCUGGGCUCCCCCAACUCCUCCCGUAUGGGGGUUCUGACCAUGCACUGAGCACUCAUGGUCAGUGGUACCCAGCAUAAAACCCCUCUAACUGGGCCCUGCUAAUGCCGCUGUGUGAGAGAUGUGCUACUGCAUUACCCCUUGGUCACAUUGAUGGACUAAAGGAUUCCGCCCAAGGCCUAAAAUCGCAGCCUCACCGCCAAGAUUCCCCACAGCUGAAAAGGCCUACCACUUGCAAAAGUUUAGCAACAACCCGCAAACCACUCUUCCAGAUGCUCUGACCAGAAUGGCUGACCAGCAUUGCCGGCAGCUUCCUUUUCUGGUUCCCAGGUCCGCCCCGGCAGAGAGGCCUGGAGGGUUGCAUUUGGCCCCUGGGCCUGGAGGUUCCCCACCCCUAAUAUUUGGGGAAGUGACAUGAGGGGAUAUUUCUCUCUGCAUCUACUCAACCGGCUAGAGAGGAGCAUUCCCCCUAGCACUGGCCAGGUGUUUUCCCCUCACAACCACAGCCAGCUCCCAUUCAGCUGAGGUUAGAGGAAAGAGCUUUCACAUUGUAGUACUGAGGCAGCUCACGUCUGUAUACAUGUUGAACCUGAACGCCACAACAUCACGGAUUAACUCCUUUGUGUUUUCAGCAAACCACAACCGCUUCAACCCCCAACAGUCCUCCACCUACCAGGCCACCAGCCAGAGCGUCUCCGUCACAUAUGGCACCGGGAGCAUGACUGGAUUCCUAGCCUAUGACACCGUCCAGGUAAACUGCUGGGGGACAAAGAAUGAUGGGCAGCCAGUUUGGAAGCUAAACACUGGGCAUAGGUGGAUAAAGAGGAGCAGUACUGACUGAGAACCAGUGCUUUUUUUCUGGGGGUACUCAAGGGUAUGCAGUACAGGCACCUCUUUUUCUAGAAGCAAAGCACUGCUGAGAACCAUAGAACUAAAAUACAUCACUCUUUGCUAACUUGGUGAGCUUCAGAUAUUUUGGGCUAUGCUCCUCAUCAGCCUCAGUCAGAACACCUUUCAGAACCUGCAUUACAAGUCAUAUUCUAUACUUUACAGCUUGCACUUAGCUAUGCUAGAUUCCCUGUUAUCUAGAUUCCCUGCAAAAUUAGUAGAAGGUUCUUUGAAAAAGGAUGUUUGUAUAGAAUAGGAUUUACCUAAUGAGUCCUGGCAGUGCAAUAUCUGCCUGAGGGUUUCUGUUUGCGCAAUGAGCCCCCCCCCUCCUCCCCAACUUGCCCAGCAGUGCACACACACACCCCAUUUUUUCUGGGGAGAGGGGUCGGGAGAACACCCAAAACAGAUGGAGGGGAGAUCGUUCCAUCUGGCAAACUGCAAAACAUUCACCAUAGCACAAUGAUGAAUUCCACCCACAGUGCUUUUCCUAGGUUUUCAAAGGACUCCACAAACAUUGGUCCCAUUUGAAUAGAACUCAGAAUCAGUUUAGUGCUACACAAAUGAGCCUGGUUCAGACUUGUUGUGUCAAAAUGUGGUUAAUUUAAAUGAUGGCUUAUUUAAAUAAUCCAAGAUCAAACUAUGGUUUCUGAUCCUGGCCUUCUUCAAUAAACCAUAGUUUAAGCUAUCAGCAGUUCCAGGUCUGAAAAUAAUGACAAAAUGAUUAAUUAAAAAAAAGGAAACGAGUUCUUCUUUUGUUCCAUGGCAGAGGAGGAUUGCUCAUGUAGUACUAAAACUAUGGUUUAGCAUUAGGUCCAAGCCAGGCCAAUAUCAUAGCAGUCCUUGCAACAGACCACUAUUAUGAUUUCCAUGUUAAGGGCAAGGAGGCUGAGAGUGGCUUACCUAAGGCUACUUUUCCAAUUUGUGGAUGAGCUGAGCUUUGAAGAAGGGGAGUUCCAGCUCACACUCAAGAUUACACCAGCUGAAAAGCAAAAAAAGAGCCUUUAUUAGGGGUUGCUAUAUUUCAAAAAGUAAAAAUCUGGACACAAAAGUUGUUGAGCUUUUAUUUCAAAAUCUCAGAGAAAGAGAGAAAUUUUAAAGCUCCCCCCCCCCUUUGGAAAUUCGCCAAAGAUCAACACCUCCAAUAUGGGCUGCCAUAUGCCCGGGUUUUCCCAGACAUUUCAACCGAUUUCUGAAAAUUCCACCCAGACGCCAUUUUUGACGGACGAAUUCCAAAUGUCUGGGAAAUUCUAGAUGUACGGCAGCCCUAGCCUUCAUUAUGUUGCCUGGUUAACAAAAAGUACUGCCUAUCACUGCUACCACCACCACCACCACCACCACCACAUACAUCAGCUAGGAAGUGGAAUAUUUUCAUUUAAUUUCAUAAUGUAUCUGACUGUAGCUUCUCUCGCACAUAGGUGGGAAGUAUUGAGGUCACCAACCAGAUCUUUGGCCUGAGUGAGACCGAGCCUGGCACUUUCCUGUAUUAUUCCCCCUUUGAUGGCAUCUUGGGUCUGGCUUACCCCAGCAUUGCCGCCUCUGGUGCAACUCCUGUCUUUGACAACAUGAUGAGCGAGGGUCUGGUGUCUCAGGAUCUCUUUUCCGUCUACCUGAGUUCGUAAGUACUGUAUGAGCUAUCUGAGAGCAUUUCCCCACAAAGGGAUGCAGCAGGGGCCCAUUGCUAAUGGACAGAGGACAUGAGAACUAAGUAGGUUGUUUCUAGAAACUCAGCAGCAGGGAAACUUGUGCUGGAUAGUAAGUCCAAAAUUUGACCCAAAUACCAAAUUUAGCUUCAUGUCUAAGCACAAAACUGCAUGCAAGUCUUUUUAAAAUAUUGGGGAUUCUGACUUUAUUCCUCACUAGCCAUCACCAUAUCAAGCAUCACUUAGGGCUCAGCUGGACAACUACUAAAUAUAUUACAACUUAUAGAUGAUGGUGGUGAUGUAACACUUUUUAUAAGUGCUUGUUGCCCUUUACUUACUCUGACACCAUAGUCUUUACAACAGCAUGGAUGGCAAACUUGUGUCCCUUCUGAUGUUGUUGGACUCUGACUCCCAUCAGUCUCAGCCAGCAUUUUGGGGUGGAUUCAGUCACAUACUGAAAGCUUAUUUGGAGCUCUUGUGCAACAAGCCCAUUUCCUCCAAAAGAUCAAUAAGGAGAAUACCAGUAAUUUCCUUAUUUGCAAUAAGGAAAUUGAUGGGGAAAUGCAGUAGAAAGUGUGGAUAACACUUGCUUUGAUGCAACGCCAUCUAUCCUCCCCACAAACAAAUAGGAAUGAAUGCUUAUUAAAUAUCCAACAUCAUCAAAUCUCCCUGCAAGUAAAUGAGGAUGAAUGCUCAAUAAACAGAUCAUCUGAAAGCACCCUAUGCUAUGUGAAAGACUCUCUGCCUGAGAUUCUGGACAGUUGCAACCAGUCAGAGAAGACAGUAAUGGCCUAGGUGGACAAACAGUCCCACCUUAUAUCGGGCAGGUUCUUAGAGUCCUCUGUUGUCAUUUUCUUCUCAGCAAUGACCAGAGUGGAAGCUUUGUGAUGUUCGGUGGUGUCGACUCAUCCUACUAUUCCGGGAACCUCUACUGGGUGCCUCUCUCUUCUGAGUCUUACUGGCAGAUCACUCUGGACAGGUAACGACAACUUCAGUCAUCACUUCAGUCAGAGGCCACCAAGAAGAAGGUGCAAAAUAUGAUGUGAUCAGCUGAGACACAUAUGAGAUUCAGAGAAUAGCUGAGGGAGGGAGAACAAGCAGGAAAGAGGCAGAGGCAGGGAGAGCAGCCAUGGAAAGUUGUACCUUACACGCAAUGGGUGGAUCUCACGAGAGCAUUUCUCCCACAUUUCCUCAUGGGCACCUUGUGGGCAAAAAGAUGAAGGUUGCUUUCUCUUUGUCACAUUUGACCUACCUGUGUUCUCUUCAGCAUCACCAUGAAUGGCCAGGCUAUUGCAUGUUCCGGUGGCUGCCAAGCUAUUGUUGACACUGGUACCUCCCUCUUGGCUGGUCCCCCUCAAGGCAUUUCUAACAUUCAGUACUACAUUGGUGCAAGCAACGGUGAGGUAAGGAAAGAAGGGAGGCUUCCAAAGGUACCAAAGAGACUGAUAUGAUGGAGAGCAUGCAUGUGUUAGAGAGAGGCGGGGAGAGAGAAAUGAGUUCAAUGCCAAUUCUGACUCCUGGGUGGUGGUUGUUGUUGUUUUUAAAAAAGCACUGAUGUGGGCCAGCAGUGGGAAACAUGUGGCUCUUCAUACUCCUAUCAGCCCCCGCCAGCAUGGCCAAUGGCCAGGGAUGAUGGGAGCUGUAGACCAGCAACAUUAAGAGGGCCACAAGUUCCUCACCUGUGAGGUAGGCCAAAAUCAGAUUAUGAAGAAAGUAAAGGGGAAUGGCAAGUUGGUUAUUCCUCAGCCUUCCUGUGACCUUUCUCCAUUGUACAAAGAACCUUCUGCUCGUGGCUGGAAGGCAGGGUAAAUAUGGAUAUAUUAUAUUAUAUAUAUAUAUAUUAAAAAAUAAUAAUUAGAUGCUUGGAGUUUUAGAAAAAAAGUUACUUGGUGCUAUUGUUAUGGUGGAUGCAAACAGCUUCCCUAAGAAAGAUCUUCUGCUGCAGGAGCAUUCCCUUUUCGAUCCGAACUAGACUGUUGCCAAGAAAAGGUCAUUUCCAUCCAAACACCAGCCGGCUAGCACUUAUCAUGGGAUGGUUGUGCAAGAAGGUGGUUGCACAAAUGUUGCCUGUGGUGGCAAGCGGCCCAGUUCCAACCCUGCCCUCAUGAUAUGAUUGGUGCUAUUUGUUUUCUAUACUGCAUCCCCACCCCCACCCCAGAGCUGCCAUAAUCAUUUCCUCUGUUUGCAAUGUUCAGGGUGUGCGUGCUGCUGCUUUUGCAGCCAGAACAGCACCACCCAUGAAACAGAGAAAGGCUUGAGGAGCCUCCAAGAUUUGCAGAAGUAGAACAAUCUUUAGGAAACCUGGAGGGUGGUGGGACUCCAGAUACAGUCCAAUGAAGGCCAUGGAACACUGAAUUGUUGAGGUGGGAGCAGAAAAUCAGGGAUGGAGUGGAGUGGAAUGAAGUAGAGUGGCUGGAAUCCUGAACAGUAGGAAUUCCACACUGCAACAUUAUGUUGAAGGUCCCAUUUGUAUCAACUAAUGUCCUUCCCAGGGCCCUUCCACUUAGACUAAUUGUUGGCUUUUCCUUUUGUUCUCAACAUUUGAAGGCACAGUGCCACAUGGCUAAUCUUGUUAUUUUUUAUUUGUUCUACUCCACAUCAGGUCAGCUGCAGUGCCAUGAACAGCCUACCUGACAUUGUUUUUACCAUCAAUGGCUAUGAGUUCCCUGUGCCUGCCAGUGCCUACAUUCGCCAGGUAAGGGUCAUGGUUCAUCUAACCUGGAAUUUUCUCAAAUCGUUUCUGUGAAGGGAUCAGCCUGCUGAUUAAAUCAGUCCUGCUGGCUAGGACCCGAACCAAUGAAUUCAAGUUACAAGAAAGGAGAAUCUGACUAAACAUCAGGAAGAACUUUCUGAUAGGAAGAGCUGUUUGACAGUGGAACAGACUUCCUUGGAAGGUUAUGGAUUCCCCUUCCUUGGAGGUUUCUAAGCAGAGGUUGGAUGGCCAGCUGUCAUGGAUGAUGUACUUGAGAUUCCUGCAUUACAAGGAGUUGGACUAGAUGACCCUCAAUGUCCCUUCCAACUCUACAGUUCUAUGAUUCUAUGAAAAGUUGAUAGGAAUCAGAUCCAUGAAGGGGUAAUAAUAUCAUAUAAAUUCAAUAAUACAAACCUAGGAAAGAUCCACACCAUACAUUUGAAGUACAUCCAAUGCACAUUUAAAGCACAUGACUUCCUUCCCAAGAAUCCUGGGAACUGUUGUUUGUUAAGGGUACUGGGAAUUGUAGCUCUGUUAGAGGGAAAUUACAGUCCUCAGGAUUCUCUGAGAGAAGCCAUGUGACUUGGAUAUGCUUUAAAUGUAUAGUGUGAACCUGCAGGGUGUGUGGGGGGGGGAGACAAUCUCCUAAUGCCAUAUUCCAUAAAAUGCACAAGCAUUCAAGCAACACAUGGCUGAAUGAAAGGAAGGUGUGCUAGGGAGACAGCUGGUGUCCAGUGAGUGACACAAACCAUAAAGCCCUCCUUAUAUCAAUCAUAGGACAGUCCCCACACAGCCCCCAACCUCACUUCAACAUAGAUGCUCUGUGAAGGGUCUCCCAUGCCAGUGAAGCUACUCAAGUGGUGUGACACAAAAGCCAACACUAACUGUAUCUUGUUUCCCUUUGUUUCAGGGCCAAAAUGGCUAUUGCACAAGUGGCUUUGAGUCCAUCAGCAUUCCUACUCAGUCUGGUGAGCUGUGGAUCCUUGGGGAUGUCUUCAUCCGCGAGUACUACUGUGUCUUUGACAGAGCAAACAACCAGGUCGGCUUGGCCCCUGUGGCAUGAACGUGACAACAUCUAUUGGCAAAAUGAUUCCCUCAAGGUUGUUUUUACUUGCUGGGACUAAAUUUAGUCACUAUGCUCCCUCCCCAUAAGCUGAAACAUUAAUAACAGUAGAAUAAAAGAAUAUAAAGCAAAUGAAUUUUGGUUUGCAUUCCUCACAGACUUAAUGCAUACCUAUCUAACUAAGUAUUACCAGUGAGAAAGUGGAGCUGGUUUUUCUUUUUCGUGUUCAUCUUUUCUAGUUUCCAUGGGUCUCUACUCUUCUCUUCUUCUGGCUAGAUCUGUUGAGCAACUUAAAGCACAACACACAACAUCACUCUAUCCUGAAUUUCUGUUCACCAGUUCCAUGUGAGAGCUUCAGCUAUGUUUUACGCG